CUCGCGCAGCUGCAGCGGGACGGUGCUGUGAUACAGCAACACUGCUGCUGACUGGACUUACUUUUCUUUUUAAAGGAGUUUUUCAGCCGUUUUUCAGGAAAGUUGGUCUUUGUGCAUCUGCUGUCCGGCGCUGUGAGUGAAACUCGUAACGGGACGCGGUUUUGUUUGGAGGAAGGAUGGAGGGAAAUCACACUUGAAGUCUUCUGGAGAAGCUGACAUGUUUGAAAGAGUCGACGGCUGAGUGAAAAAGGAGGGAGGCUGUGUUUUCCCCUCUUCUCGGGUGUGUACAGUAUCUCAACAAGAAGACUGGCUCAUGUCCGCGGAGACAGACUUACCUCCGGAGGGGCCUGUAGGGCCGGAGAAGGAGCUGCCACAGGAGACGAGUCUGCUUCUGUCUAACAACCAAGGCACAUGUCAGAAUGAUGCCGAUGGGCUGUCCGACACCACAGAGGCGAAUAGACCUCCAUCUUCAAGAGGACACUCCACUGAUGAACAGGAGGACGUUUUGAGGGAAAACCACACUGAUGGCGACCUUGUAAAAACCCAACCUAAGCCACUGCCUCACCCAGCAGCGUGUCUACAGCAGCCCACUGAGGGAGACGCUGCCAGGCUGCACAAUGGCCUUCAUGCAGGGCUGAGUAAUGGUCACAGAAUGCCCCGUGGGGGCACACAGCCUGCAACUGCCGGCGCCGCUGCUUCUCCAUGUGAGUGCAGAAAACACCCAUCUCCUGUCUCUCAGCGCAUGCAGAACAAGCUCCGCUCCAGCCUGUCCGUCAACAGCGACAGCAGCAGAAGGAGCAAAGGCAGUUCCACGGGUUCACACAAACCUGGAUCCACUCCAGAGGACUGCUGUGUUCACUGCAUCCUGGCCUGCCUGUUCUGCGAGUUCCUCACUCUGUGCAACAUGGUGGUGGCUCAGGCAUCCUGCGGCACCUGCACCUCCGAGGUCUGCUGCUGCUGCUGCUGCGCAGAUGACCUAGGAGACGACUGCAACUGCCCCUGUGACAUGGACUGUGGCAUCAUGGAUGCUUGCUGCGAGUCAUCCGACUGCCUGGAGAUCUGUAUGGAGUGCUGCGGUAUCUGCUUCCCUACAUAAGGCCCCGAUCACCUAUUGCCAGAGCAGGCAUGGAGAGAAAAAGAGAGCCGGUAUAAGUGUCUGGAUGUGAAUUCAUGCAUACCUGUAUGUAUUUGUGUGUGUGUGUGUGUGUGUGUGUGUGUGUGUGUGUGUGUGUGUGUGUGUGUGUGUGUGUAUGUGCGUGCGUGCGUGUUAAUCCACUCUCUCCAGUGAAAAACGAGUCUCUGGCCUCAACACGCUGGUCAAAGCAGAUGCUUUCCAAAGUAAAAAGGACAAAAUACAUAUUCAUGUAGAGGAAAAUGUAAAAGACAUUUAUUGUUCUGUGUUGUCAUGACUGUCAAAUAUGCUAUUAACUCUUUUACUUUGAAAAAUAUUAUUGGAGAGUCUGUCCUUUAACUAUCAUUUUGUGUAGAUAUUACUUGCGUAAUUUCAGCCUUUUUGCAGAGGUCUUUAUGUCUUACUCAAUCUAGAUUUUAAAAGUGAUUUGCGGAAUGCAGAUGUUUAAAGUAUACGAGAACAGGCUUCAUGUUACUUUGGUCUGCUCUGAACAACACUGUAAUUUCCACAGAGACAUUGCUCUUUCACACUGUCAGAUGUUAAGGCUUUGUGGGUGUUAUAUGGGAGUCUUAUUUUGGACUUCUUUUUUUAAAAACUGACAGCCUCUUUGGUAAGGCUUUCUUUAAGCAUUGUCUACUGUAGUUUGCUUUAUUACAGGUCCAUAAAGCCAUAAAGUAACCUUUCCAUAAAAUUGAAGAUUGAAAAUUGAGGUUGUGACAACCAAAAGAUCAUCUAGGUCCUUCAGCAAGAUCAUUCAGCUCUGGUCCUGGAGAUCUGGUGUCCAGUCAAGUUUAGUGAUUUUCCUGCUCACACGGCAAUCUGGAAAAUCACAAAACUGUGCUGGACACCAGCCUUCCAGGACCGGAGUUAAAUUCCCCUGUCCUACAGAAUGUUGUAUUUGGGUGCAAUCCGUUUGUUCAAGUUUAACAAGACCUACUCCCAUUAACAUUCCAUUCAUCUCUCUGAAACAUUACAUUUAUUACUGUAUUUUCUUCUUCUUUGUUAGACAGACCCUUGAAUUUUCUUACACACUGUCUUUAUUUUAAUUACUAUAUAAGCUUGCCUGUUUAACCUCUGUUGAUGUAACACCAAAGCACCUUCUUGUCUUCCCUAAAGUGCAUAUACUGGAUUUAUUAUUCCAAAAAAAAAAAGCCUUGAACAAGCAUUUGAGGUUUUACUAGUCUAGAUUAAAUAAUAUAAACAAGUUGUGAUGCUGAUAAACACUUUAUGCUUUUUAUAUGGAUACUUUUGGUACGGCAUUUGUGUUUGUGAAACUUUCUGACUCAUCUCUGCCAUGUUUAUACGAAUACUUGCUAAACUGCACUCCUCGCUGAGGGAUAAGAUUGGAAUUAGAACGUGACAACUUUAUUUGACCUCAAGCUUCUCAGAGCUCAAUUACAACUCAACUAAACUGUCCUGUUUCAGCUCUGAGCCAAUGCAGGGUAAAACUCAGUGGUUGUUUGGACCAGAUGCCAAUUUGGUAACCAUUUUGUAUUCUUUGGAUACUUUUUGUAAUCUGGUGCUUAUUGUAUAGUCCUUUCAGUUUACUGUAUCAUUAGUAACCCUAAUAGUUCACAGUUUAUUACGCACUUGAAAAGAUACAACACCUCUGCUAGGAUUUUCAAAAAGACAUCAAAUAUAGCAAUUCUGACAAACAAAAAAUGUUACUCAAACUGGAUGCAAGUGCCAUAAACAUGAAGAUUUGCAAGAAAUGUGAAUAAUACUUUUCUUAGCUUCUGCAUAUUUAUCCUUUGGCCUUUUGUACUCUUUGCACAAGCUGGACUCAGUUUUCUGAUAGUGUCAAUGUUAAAAUCAUUCACUUUAUUGAAGUGUAUUAAAGUGAUAUUUGACAGUAUUUCACAGUAAUUUUUGUGCUGCAACACUUUCAGAAACACACUGUCCUCUUUCUGUUCAUCCUUACUAAGACUUUUUUUUUAACUUGUUGGAAUAUAUGAGGCUUUGCUUUCUGUUUUUUUUUUCAGAAUAAACCAAUAUAUGUGAAACCAAACCCUCUGUACUUGCUGGUUAUGAAAAAAAUAUUUAUUGAACUAUUUUAUUUCAAGAAAGUACAUAUAAUUGAAAUGUAUGAAGCUGUGAAUUUGGUAUCUUGGAGGGAUGGCAUUACUUAUGAAAGCCUAAAGUGUGGAUUUGGGAUUUUGAGAUUAGUGUAGAUGGGUAUACACUGUAAGAUUCAGGUAUAAUACACGGCUGUAACAUGUUUUAGAGAGUCUGACCAAAAUGAAAAUAGUGUGACUUAUAUUGAUUUUAUGGAGCUAAACAUUCUGACAUUAAUAGCUGGAAGAAUUGAAAUGCUUAAAAAUUAAGCAUCCUCAUGUAGUUGCAGGUAAACAGUGCUUUACAGAAUAUUGUCAAGUAUCAAAUGACUCAAUUCUCAGUUGUUAGC